GGAAUCGGUUAAGGUCACCGCCAUAGCUUCAAAGAUGCCGAGAAGUAUGGAUACAAGAUGUAAAUUACAAUCGAAUUCUACGUCUUCUUGUUUGAUAUAAAUGGUCAAAUCUGUUUUUAUAACCAACAUCAAUUCGAUUAAGAUAAAUUGGUGUGUUAAAGACCAACGGGGAUUGUUUGGUUGUUCAAAAACCUGUCUGUUUAUGUACUAGAUGCCAAACUCUGCUGAAUCAAGAUGGGGAAGCUACUUUCAAAGAUAUUUGGGAGCAAGGAGAUGAGAAUUUUGAUGUUAGGGUUAGAUGCAGCAGGAAAAACUACUAUACUUUACAAACUGAAGCUGGGCCAAUCCGUGACCACCAUACCAACUGUAGGAUUCAAUGUGGAGACAGUCACUUAUAAAAAUGUCAAAUUUAGUGUGUGGGAUGUAGGGGGGCAAGACAAGAUUCGGCCGCUGUGGCGACACUACUACACGGGAACACAGGGCCUUAUCUUUGUGGUGGACAGCGCGGACAGAGACAGAAUCGACGAAGCGCGACAGGAACUACACCGUAUAAUUAACGACAGAGAGAUGCGUGAUGCCAUCAUUCUUGUGUUUGCUAAUAAACAAGACUUACCAGAUUCAAUGAAACCUCACGAAAUUCAAGAGAAAUUAAGUUUAACAAGACUAAGAGACAGAAACUGGUAUGUUCAGCCAGCGUGUGCUACAUCGGGAGAUGGACUGUACGAAGGCUUGACGUGGUUAACGUCCAAUCACAAAUCUUGACCUGCUGAUCAUUCUUAAGUCUUUGUAUAACCUAUGUAUGCAUAAAUUGAUUCACUUUUUACAACUUGAGCAGUGUUAAAAUCUGCAAGAAAGACAAACAUUUAGUCAGAAAAUAUUGAAGAGGUCGCAGGAGCAUGGCCCCUGUUGACUUUAAAAUGGAGAUUCUGAGAGAUGACAGAGGACAGAAGAAAGAAUUUUAAGUGAUCAAUGGCAUAGGACUUUUACUGUUUCAACACAGAUCUGCAAAUAAACCAGCUUCCAGGCCACAGAGUAACCAAACACUGAUGCCCACAUAAUAGGGCAAAUCAAUUUUGUUUCAUUUGGUUUCAUAUUAUUGCUGAUUACUCUGCUGUUUUUCUAAACCUAAGUUCAUAAGUACUGUAUAUCCUACGAGGUACCAAGUAAUUCUUUGUGUUUUCCAAUUUUUUUUAAAAAAUAAAUCUUCUUGGUAUAAUCCAGAAAUUAAAGGUAGUAGAGUUACUAAUUAAUUUUCGCUGUAGUGUGAUUCUUGUGUAGUCUAAGUGAUCUAACUAUUAACCAGUAGGUAACUGACACAGGUGAGGCGUAUGUAUGCUCAUUGAUGUGUGUUUUAUGUUGGAGAAUUUUAGCUCUUGAGAUGAAAGCUGUUUUUACAAUCUUUUUUUCGACCUUUUAUAAUUGACAUCAAUCGUAGUCUGUUGUUGAGUUUAAAGAUUCAGCCAUUAUCAUUUUGCUUUCCUUGUAUUUUUCCCCCUAUUUUUUUUUUCAUGACCUCUUUCUCUAUUCUGUGGUGCUUUUUUGUAAUACAUUGUAUAUUGCUUUGUGUCGUUAACAGAUUUAUGUCAUGAAGCUUCAUGUAGUCAGACUGUUUUGCCUAUAAUCAGCUCACUAACAGAUUUGUAUGGGACUAUUUGUGCUUGUUCUUAUAAUGAAUGAUUGUAUUUUUAUUUUGGAUAUUAGAAUUAGCGGUGAACAUUAUUUAUGUAAAUUGCAUGUAUUCACAAGAGAAAGAAAUUGUUUUAUCAGUGACUGCAUUUUUCAUUAUAUGGAGUAAAUGGAAAAUAUUGUAAUGUUUCCUGUUGAAUUUAGCUACCUUUGUAUGUUGAAAAUAUUUUUAUUAGUAUGAUUGUAAUUUUGAUGGUAAGAUUAUUGAAAACUUGUCUUAGCAAGCACUUCAGAGUAAUAUGCUUAAAUCGAAGCACCAAAUAUCCAUAGGAUUUGAAAGCCUGAUUUGUACAUUGUUCGUCGUAGAAGUGAACAUAAAAAGAUGCUCUUAUAACAACACAUUCCAAGCUGUGGUAAUUUAUUGGCUUUUUUCAUUUUAUAAAGUGGUUAUAUAUGGCUAGUAUCAGGUGGUCUAAAGCAAGACCUAGCUUGAGCUUAUCUGAACAAGCACUUUAUCACUAUAUGCAUUGUACACUUAACUACAAAUAGAUGAAUAUAUUACUUGAUGAACUUGGUAACUUUAGUUAUCUUGCAGAUGUUGGGUAGAAAUACUUACCACGCUUUACAAAUCCAAACAGAACUGUUUAAUUUUGAGUUGUGGAUGUACGUCAUUCGCGGGAGUUGUUGCUCUUUGUCCAUAUGCACACUACACGUUACGCUGGUAACGAGACUGGGACUGGGGAAUGCACUUGUCUGUGACUAAAGUACACGUGUGUGUGUGAAGCUUGUUGCUAAUCGUAUACUGAUAUAGCUCUCCGUCGUGCAAUAUUAACCUAGAUCAAAUAUGUUUGGCCAAAUUGAUAACUUGUGAAGAAAAAAAGUGUUCAUUCAAUAAAUGUACAAGCUGCAGGAAUCGGAAUCACGCUAACUCUACGAAAUUGUAAACAAAAAGAAAACAGUUGGAAAAUGAUAUCAUUAAGGUAUUUCCCCGUGUUGGUAGGUUGUAUUCUGACAUAUAAUUAUGUAUGGAUGAAGGAUGUAAAGUUGAAUUUGACAUUUACUAAUAUUUCUUUUCCUGAAACUGUGAACAUGCUGUUUUGUAUUCUCUAUGUCUGGUGAAUGAUUUGACAUUUUUUGUUGCUUUCAUGCUGUGUACGAAAUAUGCCCCUAUAAUACCCUUGUUCAGUUACUGUCAAAUUUUGUUUAAAAUUAACUGCUAUUUAAUUCAAAUGCAAAAUUGUCUGGAAGUGGUUCAUUUGCUACAGAUGUUGAUGAUUUUAUACCAGACAAUAAAACAUUGUUACUCUA